AUGGAAGGUCGCGUUGCAGUAUGGGAGCAGGAGGUCGACCUCGACGUCGACCCCUCGGUACGUGUCGAGUAUGCAACUGCCAUGCAUGCACUUUUGCCCUUUGGACGUCAAUCAAUCAAUCAGGUGCGCUACCCCCUGCUGCUGUUCAACCUGGCGCUGUGGUCGGUCGGUGUGCUGCUCAUGUCGGUGGCCACCGUGCUGCUGGUGAACUCGGAGUUGAACGCCGCCGACGCGGCCGCCCUCGCCAAGCUCGACCUGUCGCCCCUCGUGGUCUCGCACCUCGAGUUCGUCGUGUUCGUGGUCGGCCUGGCGCUCUUCAUCGUCACCAUCUUCGGCUGCGUCGGGGCGCUGCGCGAGAACACCGCCCUGCUCAGGAUGUACUCGUUCGUGCUCAUCGUGCUGGUGGUCGCCAGCGUGUUCGGCGGCAUCAUCGUCUUCUUCAUGCCCGGGGAAGUGCGCAGGGUGAUCAGACAGACCAUGUCGCUGUCCCUGGUGAUCGCGUACCGCGACAGCGCCGACUCUGAGCAGAUCGUGGACGCCCUGCAGAGACAACUUCACUGCUGUGGAAUGACCGACCUUAAGUUCAGGGACUGGAAUGCCAACAUGUACUUCAACUGCAGCGCGGACAACCCGAGCCACGAGCGCUGCUCGGUGCCCUACUCGUGCUGCAGGCGCAACGCGAGCAGCGCGCCUGGAAUGCAGAGCCGGCACUGCGGCCGCGGCGUGCUCAACCAGACCGACCACCAUGCGUGGCAACGCGUCUACCUCGAGAGCUGCCCCGAGGCCGCGUACCGAUACAUCAAGGAAAACGUGACCGUGAUCGGCGGAUGCUGCCUCAUCGCCGCCAUCGUCCUCUCCUUCGUCGACAUGAUCACCGGUUCAGUGAUUGGCGAAAUCGAGGCCAUCCGUAGAAUCUACGGCCGCAUGCGCAGCUCCUCCCUGCAGCAGGCCUAACCGCCUGUGCACACGUUAUUCGACCCUGCUAAGAAUCUGUUAAGGAUUGCACUCUGCACGUACUUUGGUCCUGAGCCAGCGAUCGUCUUCAUUUCAAAGUGUUAUACUCUAUAUUAUAUCAUACUUAUAAGAGCUUUAGGCCUCUCUUCAGUUGCC